CUCGCUGGCGCAUCCGAAUGGUCUCAUCAAGCUGUCACGGCUGCUCCAGCUCGAGAGAAACAGCCUCAAGAGAAUGAACUCGAUUGGCAAGAGAUGCCCGCCUUUGCUACUCACACCAUGUACGACGAUUGGGGUAAAGUUGUUGCGCGCGAGGUCGCCGAACUCGAGGAAGAGGACUAUGCAUAUGGCAAUGCUGCUGCCAAAGGAUACACCAGAGUACAGCUCGAUGACGAUGUCCAGUCUGCCACCAGUUUGGACGAAGAUACUGCCUACCUCUUCAAGCCUGAUGCUGGUAACAACACAUUGGACGAAGACGACAGUCGCGAUGUUCUGUCUCAGAUGCAAGCUACAAAGGACUUGUUGACAGAGGGUCAACGUAUAGCUUACGUUGGUCUCGUACGAGUAUCCAUGUACCAGAUGACAAAGUACCUCGAGGGUCUCGACAAGACUCGGUCUACCAAGAAGCAACUCGAUAUCGCAAUAGAAUCCAUCCAGAUGUGGGCCCAGAAGAUCAUGGUUCGGUUGUACAGUCACAUGGAUCUGGAUGCUGCAGAGCAGAUCAUGAUAGAACAGCUGGCCGAACACGGAGUUGAGCCUGCGGAUCUAACAGGUCCUCUCAUGCAAAACGCAAGGGUCAAAAAUCCCACAAAGACAGAAGAUGAUGCUACUGCUUCCUCAAAUCUCUCAGACUCUCAAUCAUUGAAGUCCCCCACUCUUAGCGGUCCGCCAACUCCAUCAAUACCUCCACCGUAUGAGCAAGAAGUACCGCCGGAUUACUCUGUCAAAGAUCCAUCAGAAUUGCCCGACACGAAAAGUAUUGAUAUUGACCUCCGAUGGACUGUUCUCUGUGAUUUGUUUUUAGUCUUGGUUGCUGACAGCAUUUACGACGGCCGCUCGAGGGCUCUUUUGGAACUGGUCGGGAGCGCUCUCUCGGUCGACUGGCUCGAGAUCUGCCGAUUCGAGAAGCGCAUCACAGAUGCCCUGGAGAUGCAACAAGAAGCAGACAAGGAAAACUGGAAUGAGGAGGAACACACCGACAAACGCCAGAAAAUGGCACGGAAUAGAAGACUGGUUAUGAUGGGCUUGGCCACUGUUGGUGGAGGUCUUGUCAUCGGACUGAGUGCUGGUCUGCUCGCACCUGUCAUUGGUGCUGGUCUUGCUGCUGGCUUCACCACUAUCGGUGUUGCCGGAACGAGUACCUUCCUCGGAGGUGUUGGUGGUGCAGCCUUGAUCACAUCCAUUGGUGUAACGACUGGAGGUACCAUCGCUGUUCGUGCGAGUAACAGGCGAACGGGUCCAGUCAAGACUUUUGAGUACCGACCACUUCACAACAACAAACGCGUCAACCUGAUCGUAACUGUGGCUGGUUGGAUGACAGGCAAGGUCGAUGAUGUCCGUCUGCCUUUCAGUACGGUCAAUCCUAUCAUGGGCGAUAUCUACAGUGUGCAUUGGGAGCCGGAAAUGCUGCAAAGCAUGGGUCAGACCAUCAACAUUCUGGCAACUGAGGCUCUCACUCAAGGACUUCAGCAAAUUCUUGGAAGCACACUGCUUACCGCACUCAUGUCUGCAAUGUCUUUGCCGCUUGUGCUCACAAAAUUAUCGUAUCUCAUCGACAACCCCUGGAGUGUAUCGAUGGCACGCGCAGAUAUGGCUGGUCUCAUUCUCGCCGACUCUUUGAUCGAUCGCAAUCUCGGUGUACGACCAGUUACGCUCGUAGGCUUCUCUCUGGGGUCACGUGUCAUCUACGCUUGUCUCAGAGAGCUCGCCAAUCGUGGAGCAUUCGGUAUUGUCCAAAAUGUCUAUGUCUUCGGCAGUCCUGUGGUGUUCAAAAAAGACGAAUACAUCAAAGCAAAGUCGGUCGUGGCUGGAAGAUUUGUCAAUGGAUAUGCCACAAACGACUGGAUUCUGGGUUACUUGUUCCGUGCUACCGCAGGAGGUAUAAUGCAGGUUGCUGGACUCACUUCGGUCGAUAUACCAGGUGUUGAAAAUUACAACGUCACAGAAACCGUCGCAGGCCACAUGGCGUACCGUAAAGCUAUGCCGAAGCUUCUCAAAGAGGUGGGCUGGGUUGUGGAUAGCGAAGAGUUCUCUGAAAUCGAGGACCCAGAUCCGGACAACCACGAAAAACGACAACGAGAACUGAUCAACGAGAUUGAAGAAGCCAGAAAGGCGCUCGAGAAGAAGCCCGAAAAGAAAGGAUUCAAGGCACUCUUCAGCCGGAACAAGAAACAUGCCGAGAAGAAGGAGUGGGAGACAUACGACGAGAAGAUCAAGGCAGGACCGGCGGAGGGAUCUGCUGAUGGAUCAAACCAAGGAACACUUUUCGACAUUGAUGCUCUCCAGCACGAAGUCGCUGCACUUGCUGCUCAAGGCAUUGAGAUCAAGGAGAUCAAGAGUACGCUACCACCGAUGAAAAUCGACACCACAGCCUUUCCC